UCUCAGUGCAGGUGGGACGGAAGAUGCUAAUUCUUAGCGCUGACGCAUCCGGGGACUGUCUGACGGAAAUCUUUGCCUUGUCAUUACUAACGGAAACUACCCGUGACUGAUAAACAAGCACUAGCUACGUAAUGUAACUUUUCAGCGCCUGUUUACAACCUCGUCAGUGACCGACGGAAAUUCCACGCACUGUGCACUGUCCGCGGAGGCCUCGAAUCCGUUUGAAAAGGGAAACUACUUGUCUUCGUCGUCCCCCGGGAAAAUCCGCACGCCGCAUAAAAGACCGCGAGCUUCUUUCUUCCCGCAGCAGCUAUAUAUAAUUAUAGAAAAAUGGAAAACAUAAGCGAAAAAGAAAGAGGUAACGUGGAGGAGAAAGGCAGCGAUUGUACCACACAGUCUGGCGUCGUGCGAGGUGCCUUGACACUCACGCUGACGUUGCUCCUUUUUCAGGCCUGCGCGUCGGGAGACGUGGUCGCCGUCACAAACCUGGUCUCGGAGCGAAAUGCUAACCCGUUCUCCAAAGACGAAUCUGGACGUACGCCGCUCGGAGUCGCCUGCGGGGCCGGCCACGUACAGGUGGCUAGGUAUCUGAUAGAGAAGGAAGGAGUCAGCCCAGGGUUCAGGGGAACGGACGGUGCCACUCCUCUCCAUUCAGCCGCCAGAGGAGGCCACCUCACUGUGGUCAGAUAUCUGGUGGACGAGCAGGGAGUUGAUCCAUCCAGCAAGGACGGAAACCAACUCACUCCCCUCGACUAUGCGGAAAAUGAUGAUGUUAAAGAUUUUCUUGCAAGUCUCGGUGCCAAAGGGUCUCAGCAGAAGAAGUUUCAGCCUGUAACCCUCCCGAACGCAACUUCGCUGCUUAGCAAGCAGCAGUCUCAUCCUAAACCUGAGCUGCUGCGACAGCCUUCCUUGGUGCUGCCCAACGGAGAAAUGUCAACAGGGAGUAAAGCACCUGUCCUGGACAUGAUGAUUUCUGGUGUGUUUCCAGGUCAGGAUCUGGAGAAACAAACGUCAGAGUCUUUGGCUCCAGCAAAACCAUCAGAAGGUGCCAUCUCUCUCUUCAAAGCCAGUGAAAAAGGAGACCUGGAUUGUAUGAAGAAAAUUCUGGAAGAACAGCCCCUUGACCCGAACCUUUGCCGAGAUAAGAACAGAAAAUCAGUGGUUCACUUGGCCUGUAGUCAUGGUCAUCUGGAGCUUGUAAAGUACCUUGCAGAUGAAAGACAAUGUGAUCUAGAAUCUGCAGACAAGGACAAAAACACUCCCCUCCAUCUUGCUGCAUUAGGUGGACACCUUAGUGUAGUCCAGUACCUGAUCAACGAAAAGGGUUGUAAUCCGAUGGAUAAAGGGGACAAAGGUAUGACCGCUCUUCACUUUGCAUGCAAGGCAGACAGCUAUGAUACUGUGAAAAUUCCUGGUAGAGGUAGCGAAAGUGGAUGUCUCGUCGUGCCAAGAUGACAAUGGUACUGCGCCACUGCAUAUCGCCGUGCAGUUUGCGCCUCUGAAAACGGUUCGAUACCUUGUCGAAGAGCAACAGUGUGAUGUGGAAUGCCGAAACAACUAUGAACUAACUCCCCUACACUGCGCCGCAGCAAGAGGCAAACUUGACACUGUGCAAUACCUUAUAGAUGAGCACAAAUGCGACCCAUCGUCUCAAGGUAGAAUGGGAGUGACCCCUCUCUACUGCGCCUCUGAGUCUGGGUGUCUCGCUGUAGUCAAAUACUUGAUUGAGGACAAGAAGGUUGACAGUGCACACCGGUUUCAGAACGAAACAACUCUGCUUCACAUGGCGGCUCAAUUUGGAACCCUGGAGGUGGUCAAGUAUCUGGUCGAGGAACAGAAUUUUGACAUUAAUUGUAGAAAUACAUUUGGCACAACUCCUUUUUUUGCAUGCUGUGGGAGGAGAAAAGAUCGACAUAAUGAAAUAUCUUGCUGACGAAAGAAGUUGCGACACCGACGUUUGCAUGUAUCAACGGUCUAACAGCUCUUCACAUGGCAUCUCGGCUUGGCAAUCUCGAAAUAGUCAAUUACCUGGUAGAAGAACAGAAACUGGGACGUAUCGAGCAAAGAAGAAACAGGAAUGACUUUCGCUUCAUUUGUGCAGUGCUCUCUGCAAAACUACCUGUCGUCAAAUAUCUGGUCAAAGAACGGCAUUGUGACGUUGAGAGCAAGGAUAUCUCAGGGAAUAGCCCUCUCCUUCUCGCUCUUCAUACCAGGAAACUAGACAUUGUGCAGUAUCUAAUAGUUGAGAGUGGCUGUGACCCAAUGACGAUAGGAAUGAACGGUUGGAACGCAAUCCACUUUGUCGCCAAGCUAGGGGGACUCGACAUCAUGAAAUAUUUGGUGGAGAGCGGGAAGGUUGAUGCUUCAUGCAAGGAUGCAAAAAGGUUCAACUCCUCUUCACAUCGCAGCUCAGUUUGGAACAUUGGAAAUGGUCAAGUAUCUGAUGGAGGAGCAACGUUGCGACCCCGAAGCUAGAAACAUGCUUGGAAACACUGCCCUCCAUCACGCUGCCGUGGGAGGUAACCUAGAAACCUUGAAGUACCUUAUUUGCGAAAAAAGCUGCGACCCAAUGAUCAGAGGUCAGCACAACUUCAACGUUCUUCACUGCGCAACUCUUUCCGGCAGAGUUGAUAUGAUAAAGUAUUUGCUUGACAACACAAAGAUGGAUCCCCUGUCUCCAGAUGGAAUGGGCGCCACUCCCCUCCACAUUGCCACGUUCCACGGGCAUUUCCUAGUUGUUAAACUCUUGAUAGAAGAAUACCAGUGUGAUCCAAGCAUAAGGAAUGGAAUGGGGUUUACCACUGGUGAUAUUGCCAGAGCAAGGGGCCAUUAUCAAAUUAUGAUGUACCUCUCCAUCAUUGAAGACAUGUCCUCAACACAACUAAGGAAAAUUCUAGAGACACAGUUGAAAAAGUACAUCAAGAAGGCCAUACCAACCGGAACGGUCCUAGGCAAUGGAGCCUAUGGCUCUGUCAUUGAGCUCUCGUCAGCUGGAGAAACAGUAGCUGGGAAACUCUUCAAGGUAUCUUCCUCUGCAAUGCAGCUUCCCAUCGCUUUCAAAGUGUGUGGCGAACUAAACAUGAUGAUGCAGCUAAAUCACAAGAACAUUGUCCGGUGUAAGGGAGUGUGUCUUCUGUUAGACCAUCCCCUGCCCCUUCUUCUGAUGGAACGGAUGAUGACAAGCCUCCAAGCCUACCUCCUCAAACCAGACAACUCUGACCUUCCAGUCAAGAGAAAGGCCUCCAUCCUCUUAGACACAGCCAGUGGACUGGAGUACCUUCACAGCCGCACACCUGCCGUAAUCCAUCGUGAUUUGACUGCAACCAAUGUCCUCCUAGACUCACAGCUGACGGCCAAGAUAACAGACUUUGGCAACUCUCGAAUCAUUGACCUUGACCCUGGUACCACUCCUGAAACUCUGACCUCAAUACCAGGAACUCUAGAGUAUAUGCCUCCCGAGGCACAGGGAGAAGAUUAUGACCCCAGCCUGGAUGUGUUCUCUUUUGGACACCUGUCUCUCUUCACUGUCAUUCAAUCUCCAGUUCACCCACUCCUCCCUCCCAAUUACACUGACACUAAUGAUGGGAAAGUGUAUGCUGUGACUGAACUUCACCGACGAAAACAGUUCAUAGAGAAAGCCAAACGGGUUUUGCCAGAGGACCAUUCUCUCCUGAAAAUUGAUUGAGGAUUGUCUUCAGAAUCGGCCUGCACUAAGACCUCGCAGCAAGGAGUUGGUGACAUCACUCAAAGAAAUUUUAAUUACUGCAGCAGCGAAGCAAAAAGAAAGUAAAGAACUCGGUACUCAGGACCUGUUGUAUGUAAAGAAGGUAUUGGAGCCAGUCACAGUCAGGUGGAAGCAUGUAGGCCUGGCCCUCAGACUGGAUCCUGCGCAGCUCGAUGCAGUCGAGGAGAAGAAUUAUAGAAAACUGGACGACUGCCUCACUGAGAUGCUCAAUCUUUGGCUGAGCAAGCAGUAUGACACCGAGAAGUUUGGAGAGCCCUCAUGGAGUCUGUUGGCUGGGGCAGUGGCCCAUCCUGCCGGAGGAAACAACACUGCCUUAGCAACGGAAAUUAUCAAAGUUCACAUAGGUGACGAGGAACUGCUCAAGACUAACUAGUUCUUGACUCCGUUUCCACAAGCCAAUAUUUGUUGUGAUUUUUACCAAAGUGCAUAGCUAUGUAGCUAACAUCUUUACACAGCCAAGACUGUACGAAAAUGGCAUUUUACCUGUGUGUGAUAUCCUAAAACUCUGUUGUUGAGUGAUUA